CCCGUGGACGUAGGCUUUGGGGGCGUUCCCGCGGCCAGGCAUCAGCAAUCUAUCUGGCAGCGGCGAGGGUCGGCAAGGCGUGCUAGACGCGGUUCUGGGCGCUCAGGCGCCUGCGGCCGGGUGAGCGCGUGCAGGGCGGCGAGGCGGCGGCGUGUCUGCAGGUCUUGGCGUUGGGCUGCCGAGCUUCGGCGGCAGCUGGAGUAGAAUGGCGGAGUCCUCGGAUAAACUCUACCGAGUCGAGUACGCCAAGAGCGGGCGCGCGUCUUGCAAGAAAUGCAGCGAGAGCAUCCCCAAGGACUCGCUCCGGAUGGCCAUCAUGGUGCAGUCGCCCAUGUUUGAUGGAAAAGUCCCACACUGGUACCACUUCUCUUGUUUCUGGAAGGUGGGCCACUCCAUCCGGCACCCUGACAUUGAGGUGGAUGGGUUCUCUGAGCUUCGGUGGGAUGACCAGCAGAAAGUCAAGAAGACGGCGGAAGCUGGAGGAAUGACGGGCAAAGGCCAGGAUGGAAUUGGUAGCAAGGCAGAGAAGACGCUGGGUGACUUUGCAGCAGAGUACGCCAAGUCCAACAGAAGCACGUGUAAGGGGUGUAUGGAGAAGAUAGAAAAGGGCCAGAUGCGCCUGUCCAAGAAGAUGCUGGACCCAGAGAAGCCACAGCUAGGCAUGAUUGACCGCUGGUACCACCCAGACUGCUUUGUCAAGAACAGGGAGGAGCUGGGUUUCCGGCCUGAGUACAGUGCGAGUCAGCUCAAGGGCUUCAGCCUCCUUGCUACAGAGGAUAAAGAAGCCCUGAAGAAGCAGCUCCCAGGAGUCAAGAGUGAAGGAAAGAGAAAAGGCGAUGAGGUGGAUGGAGUGGAUGAAGUGGCUAAGAAGAAAUCUAAAAAAGAAAAAGACAAAGAUAGUAAGCUUGAAAAGGCCCUAAAGGCCCAGAACGACCUGAUCUGGAACAUCAAGGAUGAGCUAAAGAAAGUGUGUUCGACUAAUGACCUGAAAGAGCUGCUCAUCUUCAACAAGCAGCAAGUGCCUUCUGGGGAGUCGGCGAUCUUGGACCGAGUAGCCGAUGGCAUGGCAUUCGGUGCCCUCCUUCCCUGCGAGGAAUGCUCGGGUCAGCUGGUCUUCAAGAGCGACGCUUAUUACUGCACCGGGGACGUCACUGCCUGGACCAAGUGUAUGGUCAAGACACAGACACCCAACCGGAAGGAAUGGGUGACCCCGAAGGAAUUCCGAGAAAUCUCUUACCUCAAGAAAUUGAAGGUUAAAAAGCAGAACCGUAUAUUCCCUCCAGAAACCAGCGCCCCAGUGGCUGCUGCACCUUUGCCCUCCGCAGCCUCGAAGCCUGCUGCCGUGGACUCUGCUCCAGCAGGUAAGCCAUUAUCCAACAUGAAGAUCUUGACUCUCGGGAAGCUGUCUCGGAACAAGGAUGAAAUGAAGGCCAUGAUCGAGAAGCUCGGGGGGAAGUUGACAGGGACGGCCAACAAGGCUUCCCUGUGCAUCAGCACCAAAAAGGAGGUGGAAAAGAUGAAUAAGAAGAUGGAGGAAGUGAAGGAAGCCAAUGUCCGAGUUGUGUCUGAGGACUUCCUCCAGGACGUCUCCACCUCCACCAAGAACCUUCAGGAGUUGUUCUCAGCGCACAUCUUGUCCCCCUGGGGGGCAGAGGUCAAGGCAGAGCCUGUUGAAGUUGUGGCCCCAAAAGGGAAGUCAGGAGCUCCACUCUCCAAAAAAAGCAAAGGCCAGGUCAAGGAGGAAGGUAUUAACAAGUCUGAAAAGAGAAUGAAAUUAACUCUUAAAGGAGGAGCAGCCGUGGAUCCUGAUUCUGGUCUGGAACACUCUGCGCAUGUCCUGGAGAAAAGUGGGAAGGUCUUCAGUGCCACCCUCGGCCUGGUGGACAUCGUUAAAGGAACCAACUCCUAUUACAAGCUGCAGCUUCUAGAGGAUGACAAGGAAAGCAGGUAUUGGAUAUUCAGGUCCUGGGGCCGUGUGGGCACAGUGAUCGGUAGCAACAAACUGGAAGAGAUGCCUUCCAAGGAGGAUGCCAUCGAGCACUUCAUGAAAUUAUAUGAAGAAAAAACGGGGAAUGCUUGGCACUCCAAAAAUUUCACUAAGUAUCCCAAAAAGUUCUACCCCCUCGAGAUUGACUACGGCCAGGAUGAAGAGGCAGUGAAGAAGCUGACAGUAAAUCCUGGCACCAAGUCCAAACUCCCCAAGCCAGUCCAGGACCUCAUCAAGAUGAUCUUUGAUGUGGAAAGUAUGAAGAAAGCCAUGGUGGAGUAUGAGAUUGACCUGCAGAAGAUGCCCUUGGGGAAGCUAAGCAAAAGGCAGAUCCAGGCUGCGUACUCCAUCCUCAGUGAGGUCCAGCAGGCGGUGUCCCAGGGCAGCAGUGACUCUCAGAUCCUGGAUCUCUCAAAUCGCUUUUACACCCUGAUCCCCCACGACUUUGGGAUGAAGAAGCCUCCGCUCCUGAACAAUGCAGACAGUGUGCAGGCCAAGGUGGAAAUGCUGGACAACCUGCUGGACAUCGAGGUGGCCUACAGUCUGCUUAGGGGAGGGUCUGAUGAUAGCAGCAAGGAUCCUAUCGAUGUCAACUAUGAAAAGCUCAAAACUGACAUGAAGGUGGUUGACAGAGAUUCUGAAGAAGCCGAGAUCAUCAGGAAGUAUGUCAAGAACACUCACGCAACCACACACAAUGCAUAUGACUUGGAAGUCGUCGAUAUCUUCAAGAUAGAACGUGAAGGGGAAUGCCAGCGCUACAAGCCCUUUAAGCAGCUUCAUAACCGAAGGUUGCUGUGGCAUGGGUCCAGGACCACCAACUUCGCUGGAAUCCUGUCCCAGGGUCUUCGGAUAGCCCCGCCUGAAGCGCCCGUGACAGGCUACAUGUUUGGUAAAGGGAUCUAUUUCGCUGACAUGGUCUCCAAGAGUGCUAACUACUGCCAUACGUCUCAGGGAGACCCAAUAGGCUUAAUCCUGUUGGGAGAAGUUGCCCUUGGAAACAUGUAUGAACUGAAGCACGCUUCACACAUCAGCAAGUUACCCAAGGGCAAGCACAGUGUCAAAGGUUUGGGCAAAACUACCCCUGACCCUUCAGCUAGUAUUACUCUGGAUGGUGUGGAGGUUCCUCUUGGGAUUGGGAUUUCAUCUGGUGUAAAUGACACCUGUCUACUAUAUAACGAGUACAUUGUCUAUGAUAUUGCUCAGGUAAAUCUGAAGUAUCUGCUGAAACUGAAAUUCAAUUUUAAGACCUCCCUGUGGUAAUUGGGAGAGGCGGCCGAGUCACACCCGGUGGCUCUGGUAUGAAUUCACCCGAAGCGCUUCUGCACCAACUCACCUGGCCGGCUAAGUUGCUGAUGGGUAGUAGAACCUGUACUAAACCUCCUCAGAAGGGAUUUUACAGAAACGUGUUAAAAGGUUUUCUCCCAACUUGUCAAGUCCCUUGUUUUGUGUUGUGUUUGUGGGGAGGGCUUGUUUUGGGGGGUUUUGUUUUUGUUUUUUCUUGCCAGAUCGAUAAAACUGACAGAGAGAGAAGGCUGGAGAGAGAUUCCGUUUGCAUAGACUAGUCCUGUGGAGAUAAACACGCUCCGUUAGAACGUCUGCCUUACUGGUUUCCCCAGGGAAGGAAAAAUAGGUUUCCACCCUUUUUUCUAGGUGUUCGUCUUUAGUUUUGAUUUUGGAAAGAUACUAAGCAUUUAUUUUUAGUUAAAAAUAAAACCUGGUUUCACACGAUUGAGAUUUUCUUUUUUCUCUUGCACUUACUGUCCCCUUCAUAGCUGCUUUGUCGGCCUUUGUGGUGAGGGGUGUGGGCCGACCAAAGGAAGGAACGCUAACCGUUUCUCAUACUUCGAAACCGAAAGAGCUUUCCUUCUCCAGGAAUGCUUGAACGGGGAAGCUCUUGAAAUACGUAGUAUUAAAAGUUGUAUUUGAAAUUCUUGACUUUCUCAUGGGCACUUCUGUCUUCCAAAUUAAAACUGUACCGCCGAUAUACUGAUCCAAGGGCUAAUAGUAAUACUCGAUUAAAAAUGCAGAUACUUUCUCUA